GUGAGCACAAAGCACCUGUUGCAGCUCCUCAGCCUCGACACAAGUCAACUGCGAAGACUCGUCUGCACCACUUGGAGCGUUUGAACCGACUGCUGCUGCUGCUGUUACACUUCAGAACAUCCGACACCUGAAGAGGACGAUGGCUUCCUUCACCUGCAAGACGCUGACUUUGUUCUUCCUCGGCAUGGCUCUGCAAGAGAGUUGUGGACUCCCCUUAUCAGACGGGGCAGAGCUGCCAGCUCAGGCUCUCCACCAACACAGAGUCAGGACCAAACGCUGCUCUUGUAGCAGCUGGGAUGAUAAAGAAUGCAUCUACUUCUGCCACCUGGACAUUAUUUGGGUCAACACGCCAAGUAAGCUCCUUCCUUAUGGCCUCGGAAGCCCUCCGUCUCGUCGCCGCCGCCGUUCAGCUGAGCGUUGCGAAUGCCUCAGGCCGACCGAUACAACCUGCUCCGGCUUCUGCCACGAAAGCUCAAAGAAUCCAAGGACAAACGUCUCGCGCCGAUCGGUGGAGUCUGGGAGCACAAACCGCAACAAACUGGUGGAAUCCUUCAGGUCUGUGGUGAAAUCCAACAUUGCGAUCGCGAAAGAGUUUCUGUCAUCAAACAAGAACCUGGGAGGACCAAACAGAGUGAGCAGCAGAACGAGGAGGUAGAGAACAGAGCGAACACCAGAGGCGUCAACCUCCAUGGAUUCGACCUCCAUGGGCCGGAGACUUCUCCGGCUACCUUCAACCGGGGGAUUCUACAGUCAGCGAGAGUCUCGGGCGAUGUGAAGGUGGAAGGACGGAAGGAAAAAACGGCAUUGGAUCGAGCAUUUGAUCAACAAAACAGUGCCUCGAAGGACUGGCAGCUCAGCGAGACAGAAACCCAGCAGCAAGAACAAUGCUGGGUGGAGACGUCUAGGGUUAUUUCUCGAACUCUCUUUGAACAGUUUUGAACAUAUCAACAGAGGUCAAGAAACGAUUCAUUGAAGCCGAGGACACGGAAGUCGGUGUCUGCCCUUUUGGGGAAACCACAUGAAGAGGGUUUACCGUGACGAAUCAGUCACCGAUCUCGAGUUCUUUUUGUUUUUAUAAACCCUCCGGUGGCUCGUCUGAUUGGGCAGCUUUGUAGGACCAUUACAUAUUCCAGAGUCAUAUCAGCUCUCAAUUGUUUGUCAAUGUUUACUCUGUAUACUACAUAUUCCUCUGCAUCAGAGCUGGAAUCUGCUACCUUAGCCAGUCGUUAGGGCCAAUAAGCAAAGUGAUUACCAGACACUACUUGAAGACGGCAGCUCGUUCAUUCUUUGCACAUCUGGCCUCAGUGGAAUGAAGGUCAUUUCUUUGGGAUUUGUCUCACAAACAAUUAGCUUUGUACAAGGUCUAUUGUCAGCUCCCACACGCAUCCAUAUUCACAAAACUUUCUGCUAGCAUAACAACAACAUUAGGUCUAUUGUGUUGGCCCCAGUGUUUAUUGCAUAGCUUCAGUUUAAUGUUUUGAUUUAAGAUAAGCCAGAAAGUUUCAAUGGCUUGCAGCUUGCCAAAAAAUGCAACAGUUGUUUUUCUCCCCUGACAAGUAUUCACCUAAUUCCUCUGUAAUUAGCCACUGGGAAACAAUGACUCUCGACUUUGCACUUUGUCUGUGGACUGCACUUUUUCUGUGCCGUAAAAUCCAUUUACUCCAAUCCAUGAUUGUCGUCACAGACACAUGGAAAUAUAAACCUUCUUUGUACCUAAACAUAUCCAUUAGCGUUGUAUAUGAUGGAGGUUUUUAAUGUCUAAGAUAUAACACCUGAAUUGUAUAUAGAAUGUAUUUAUUCUCUAACUUAUUCAGAGAUGUAUUUAUAUUUGUAUGAACAAUGCACUGACUUUUGUAUAAAAAUGCAAAAAAACAGA